AUGCUGUAGGUUACAACUAUACUUUCUACCUGCACACUGGGAACUUUACACAGCAGCUUCUAGACAAGAACUCACCAACCUUCAAGGAAACAGCAUUCAAGUUUUGUAAGGAUGUGGAUAAAAUCUUUGAGACAACAGGACUGCGUGCUGUACGCAAACGGUACCAUGGAUGUGUUGUUGACAGCUUUGGUCCAAACAGGGAGGUCAAUUUUAGAGUUGUACUGGACGACACGGACACCGUUCGGCCGUCAACAAUGUUCAAUAUUUUCGCCUACCAUGGUGAUCAGGUCUACAUUGACGGGGUAUACCAUCUACCUCUAGGUGGUAUCUAUGCUGCUGUAGACCAGGAACCCAGCUCCUAUCUCCUCAAACUGGGCACAUUCACCACACAUCCAUUUCCGUUUGUGACCACCACUCCCAAAGUAUUGUAUACGGUGAUGACCAUUUCCCUGGAUGUGUUUGACCCUGAUUGGACCGCAGAGCUAAAUAAUUCCAACAGUGAAAGAUUCCGACUGCUGGCCGAACCUUUCUGUGCUGAUGUAAGUACGUAG